UCUUGGCGUACUCGACGGAAAUAAUACAGGAGAUUGCAACUUGGUUUUCGUCGGUCUUUAUGUUGUUUUUAAUCGCAUAUCCGUCGUAUCGAGUGCAGCAAACACAGACGGUUUAACGUUAUUUCGCCGAAUCGUCCUAUCCUUAUUUGUGUACAAUUAUCGAUGGAAAUCAAGGGUAAGGUCGCCAUGGUAACAGGCGGGGCAGCCGGCAUAGGCCGCGCGUACUGCGAAGAACUGUUAAAACACGGAGCCAAAGUAUCCAUAUGCGACAUUAACGAAGAAGUCGGAUCCAAGCUGGCCGACCUGCUGAGCGCCAAGUUCGGAUACGGAAAAGUGCGAUUCUGUCCGUGCGACGUUACAGAUUACCCGCAAUUCAAAGAGGCAUUUCAUAAAACUAUCACCUCUUUUGGAGGACUCGACAUCGUGGUGAACAACGCGGGUGUGUUCAACGACCGUUUUUGGGAGUUUGAAGUCGAUGUCAACCUGAAUGGUGUUAUCAGAGGAACACUUUUGGCUAUGCAACUCAUGGGCAAGGACAAGGGCGGGCGCGGCGGAACAGUGGUUGUCACGUCUUCCACCAUGGGUUACAAACCGUGUCCUAGCAUGCCUAUCUACUCAGCCACCAAACAUGCUCUUAUUGGUUUUAUUAGAUCAUUUGGGGAUUCGUACCACAAUAAUUUAACUGGCAUACGGGUCAUAGCCUUGUGUCCUGGAAUGACGCUAACGGAUGCUAUACCUGAAGACGUUACGCAUGCCUUGCUAUCACCCAGUUUUCUACACCUCUGGGACAAAGACGUCGCUCCUCAGGCGCCUCAAGCUGCUCAAAGUGUUGGACGGGGAUUGAUUCAUGUGCUGCAGAAGGCUCAGAAUGGUUCGGUAUGGGUAGUUGAAAAUAACAAGUCAGCCAAAGAAGUCAAAUUUCCAAAUUUCUAGAAGCUUCCACACCUAUUUUGUUUGUUUUUAUUCAAAUAGAGAUAACUUUAAUUUCGAAAAUGUCACACUCUCGCGGUUGUGGUCUUAAUAAAGGUUUAUAAAGUGGUAGGUCCGUAGACACCUAAGCUAAUAGUACAUAUAAUUUUACUUAUAUUAUUUUAUUUUAUUUCUAAUAUCAUGGAAAAUAAUUGUAAUAAUACUACAUUAAACAACAUCGUGUAUAAUAUGAAUGACUUGUUCAUAAACAACUCAUCAAUUGCUGAAUUUGGCGCUUUUGUAUAUUUCAGUGUUGGAUACAUUUUUGAGGGCAAGUGGUGUAAUAUUUGAGAAUCACUCUUUUAUUAUUCAAUAAACAAGAGCCCUCGCAUUAUUAUUUCUAGUUAGUAUCUUAAGCAUUGGACCUCAAAGUGUUUGGUUUUGCUUUUAAUUAACCAUUCAUCUAUAUUCUCAAAUAAACGAUUCAUCUUAAUAUGCUUCGUACUAAAUAAUCUAUGACCACGACCGCGAUUGUCUAUUGUUUUAUAAUAAUGUUUACAAGUUUGUACUUAAAAUCAAAAUUUACAAAACAUCAAUAUGUUUUUUCAAACAUAAAUGUUAAGACUUAAGUUAAUUAUAAUUGUAUACACUAUGAGUACAUCAUGUUACAUAGAUGCAUAAUACGAUGAUAUAGUAGGGUAAUUCAAAUCGAGAUCCAGUGACGCCGAAUUUCAUACUUAUAUAGGAAGCAAAGUCUAUAUUAUAUAAAAUAACUUCUUCCCCCAAACCUUUUUUAAUAACUUUAAGCCAAAUAAUAAUUUUCUCCCUUAUAUUAUUUCACCCGCCCUUUUUAUUAUAUGAAGCGUUCGCUUCAGUUCAUGCAUAAGUUCGGCGCCACAGGCAAUAUUAAUACGGAUAUCACAGGACACAAACAUUUUAUAAACAAUUGUAGUAGGUAGUUUAUACUUUUUCGAAAUUUGUGGUGGAAAAAAAUUCCAAAAAGGUUAGAUGUUUAGCGUUUAGUGCUAAGUUUCUGUUACACGUUAUGUUUAAAGUAAUUUUUUAACAAAGAGGUGCCAAAUAUUUAUUAUUUAUUAACAACUUAAAGAAUGGGUUUUAGUUUAUUUAUGACCAAAUUAUUUGUUAUCUUACAUUUCAGAUGUUAUUGUGCCUUGUAAAAAUGAAAUCACAUUAACAAGUGUAUAAAUUCCAAAUGAGGAUAAAUUAUGAGCAUUUAUUAAAAAUAAAUGUAAUCACUUAAAAUAUCUCUCUAGAUAUAAAACCAAAAAUGUAAAGAACAUAUUGUCCUUAGAACCUUAAAUAUUCAUGCCUUUGCUAUCUACCACAAUUGUUUAUAAAAAAAAUUCGAUAUCCGUGUUACUAUCGUGUGUGGGGAACUUCAAAUUUCCAUAUUGUAUAAUUAUUAUUUAUUAUAUUACCUAACGAAAUGCUCAUUUUAUAAUCGCAAACAUAAUAACAUAAAAUAUUAUGAUAUAAUAAUAAUGGUUAUUAUUAUUAUUGUACUCUAGUGCCUACUACUGUUAGUAGUUAAGUAGUGUUAACUACUUAAUGAUUAUUUUUAUCUAUGCAUAAUGCAUAUAGGCUAUUUUUAUCAUACCAAUGGUAAUAUAUUUUAUGCUUGAACACCAAAAUUUAAAGAACUAUAUUUAUGAAAACGUUCUAAUAUUUUUACAAUGCGUUUUUUAUUAAUACGGCUGUGACGUUUUUGUUUUGUGAUGUGGGAUGCUUAUUUACAUUUUUCAAUUAAACAAAAUAGACUAUAAAAAUAUCAAAAUUGUCAUCACAUUUAGAAUAUCAUACAAUAUUACCUAUUGUUACUGAUAUUUUGAUUUAUUAUUACAAAUUCAAUUUUAUCACCUAUAUUUUUACCGGGACCAUUUAUUAUUAGAAGUAAUAAGGCAACAUGAAUUAUCAUAAACAAAUCAAAUAAUUUUAAAAUAUCUGAUUUCAAUAAAAUUUUUUCUAUUUCUAAUUUAUUAAACUAUAAUAUGCUCAUCCGUAAAUACAGCAUAACACAUAUCAC